AUGCAUCAGGUAGUGCAGUCUGUCGAGCCAAGUCGGCAGUUUGUAAAGGACUCAAUUCUGCUGGUUAAAAGAUGCACCAAACCCAACAGAAAAGAACUCCAGAGGACUACCCUGGCCACAGCAAUAGGAUUUGCUAUGAUGGGAUUCAUUGGCUUCUUCGUGAAACUGAUCCACAUCCCUAUUAAUAGCAUUACUGUGGGUGGCUGA